AUGGCGACUCAUGCAUUUUGUUGUUCUACACGAGAGUGAAUCGUCUCCUAACCUCAAAAUUGCUCGGAACGUUCAUAUGUUUUACGCCGUUAAAUCAUUCAUUUUUUAAAAGUGCAAGUGGUUUUAUUGGUUAAUAGUCAAUUGGAAUAUUGUGUUUACUGAUUCUGGAAUAUUUUUUAAUCGAGGAAUAAGAUGAAUCCACAACAUACAGGAAUGGUGAAUCCCCAGCAGUUCGGAGUCAGUGGAAAUCAAAUGAACCUGUGGAAUGCUCAACAAGUGAUGGCCCAACAACAACAACAACUCGCUGCUCAGCAGUCAGUGACGAUGCAACAGCAAUUGCAGCAAAUGCAAGCACAACAAGCUCAACACAUGCAACUGCAGCAGCAACAACAACAGCAGCAGCAAAUGCAAUUGCAGCAGCAACAGCAGCAACAGGCCACGAAUCAAAUCGGGCAAGCGAAUUCUAGUGUCAAUCAACUGCAAACUCCACAGACACCAGUAGCACCAAAUGCCCAACAACAGAAUGGACAACAGCAGCAAGGACAGACACCACAAACACAGCCUGGGCCUCAGCAACCACAACAGCAACAAAAUAGGGAGUUCAAUACUGUCAGUUUAUGCAAAUUUGGACAAGAGACUGUUCAGGAUAUUGUCAGUAGAGCUUUGGAAGUAUUCCAGACCCUGAAAGUGCUUCAGGCACCCAUUGCCACAUCCCAGGCCUCUACAGCUGCUACAGACAAGAAGCUUAAAAUCCAAGACCAACUGAGAAUGAUCAGACUGUUAUUUCGAAGGUUGAAAUUGAUUUAUGAGAAGUGCAACGAGAAUUGCCAGCUCCAGGGAAUGGAGUACACCCAUAUUGAGAGUUUAAUACCUUUGAAGGAAGAGUGGGAUAUGAAAUCUGAGGAGAAGAAGACAUCUGAGGCCUACAGGCUGGCCUGUAUGGAGAGUAAAGAGGCUAUGGAGCAAGUCAUAGCUAAGAAUCGCCACCUGAAGGACAUAAUUGACAAUCUGAGACGAAUUAUAUCAGAAAUAAAUACCAUGCUGAAUAUGCGACGAUCUUAGGGAAUAAUUAUCUGUGCAUAUAGUUUAAGGUUUGAGAAAAAUAAUUUAUCAUUUUGUACUGAUUAAUUAAAUGAAAUUUAUCAAAA